CGUUCAAAAGUUUUUUUCAGUUGGCAAAAGAAGCACCACAAACUCUCUCUAUUCUUUACAUAAUUAGUGUACUAGAGACGAAAUCCUGAGUGAAAAGAGGAACCAUUAGACAAGAAAAGGAAAAAAUAAGGAGUCGCCAUGGCUGCAUUGUCGGAAUUUAAGACUAAGAGGAAAUAUGAUCCCGAAGCAGUGUCCUCUCAUCAUUUUUUUCAGGAUCUUGGAUGCAUAUCACUUAGUGGACUAUGAUCCCCCUCUGCCAUUUACUGUAGGAGAUGUCAGUGAGGCCAUGGAUGUCUUCAGAAAGGUUUACAAGACCAGUGUCAUUGUAAAAUCACACCCUGAACUCAUUCUGUGGGAGCUGCAUCUAGAGAGUAAAAUUAAAAGAAUGAAGAUAAUACAUAGUGGUGAAAGGGUGGCAGGCAAACAAGCACCCUUUACAAAGUUUCGUUUUGCAGUAAAUGUUGAAUAUGAGCUGCUUUUUGCAAACCGAAGUAUCCCCGGCGGGAUCUUCAAGAAACUGUGCGAGGGCUUACACUGUCAGGACUUGAAAGCACUCUCAUUGAAUCACAGUGACCCUGUUAAUCUCCUCAUGUUAUACAGACAGGCCAAUAAGAGGUCACCAGGAGCGAUAAAGCUUCAGGUAGUGUACUAAAAAAUUUGUUUUAACAUUCUAUUUUG